CUUUUAUCAAGCUAGUCACACAAAAUCAGUUGUACCUGUCCCUGCCUGGUACCAGGCCCCGCAGCUUCAGGCUGCUUCCUGUCUCCUCAUCCUCAUCCUCCCACCACUGAACCAGCCCUGCUCCCACCUGAAGGAGGAGAGCUCCAGAGCUCAGCCUGCGCUGCGAGUGACAAGACCUUCAAGAGCUCCGAUGGACAUCUACCGGGAGGCUGUGGAAUAUCUGAAGUUGCACCAUAUACCAGUUGAAGUGGAACCACAGCCCGACGUCCUGGAGGAGGAUGUUUUCCAAGAGGAGGCGGUGUCCUGCCUCCUGUCCCCUCUGCAAGCAGAAUGCUUAGACUUCCCUGACACCCCUACGUCAUGCAGCCUGGAGGAAAUGUUCGAGAGGAGACUUGCGGUCCUGAAAGGCAUCCUGGAGAGCGAGGAGGUCUACCUCAGAGAGCUGGAGGCACUGCUGAUGCCCAUGAAGGCUCUGCGGGCCUCAGCCGGGACCUCCCAGCCGGUUCUCUCCAGUCGACAGGUCCAAACUGUUUUCUACCAGGUUCCUGAGCUCAGAGACAUGCACCAAAGCUUCUACUCAGGUCUGAAAGUCCAACUGAGCGGACAAUGUCAGACUGAGCUCAGUCCAGACCUCCGUACGCAGCAGGAGUCAGGUCCAGAGUGGGAGAUGAGGCGUUUUAGUGAGGAGACAGAAGAGUUGAAACACAGAGGCUUUGAGCUGAUUGUGGGAGAUUUGUUUCUGAAAAUGGUGAACCAGAUCGGCCUGUACGGUGGUUUCAUCCAAAACUACGAGGAAGCGGUUGAAGUUGUGAGGAAGUGCACGCAAUCAGACCCUCGCUUCCGAACGCUGGCCCAGAGCAUGAUGUCAAACAACGGCUCAGACAAAACACGGACUAAAUACACGUUUGAAGCUCUACUGUACAAACCUUUGGACAGAGUAACCAAGACCACACUAGUCUUACGUGAUCUCUUGAAGGCGACCCCAGUGGAGCACCAAGAUUACGCAGUCUUACAGGAAGCUCUGAGGUUGUCACGCAGCUUCCUGUCUGGUGUCAACGAGAGUUCACAGUGCAAACGAGAGGUCACGCUCAGUCACGGCAUGAGACGUCAACUGAUGCGUGAUGGCUUCGUGGUGAACGAGGGGGAACGUGGUCUGCGUCACCUCUUUCUUUACACCGAUCUCCUGCUGUGCACCAGAUUAAAACCUGCGAACAGAGGGAAGCAGGACCAGUACAGGUUCUGCUGGUAUCUGCCUCUUGCCGGUCUCAAACUUCGCUGGGUUGAAGAUCAGGAACAAAUAGCUGACACACACCUCCGAUUACACGACAUAAGAGCUAAGAUGUACCACCUCCGACAGCAGCUACAGCAACACGCGAAGGGAUCCAGGGGUUCAGUCUCGGGAGCUCGCAACAAGAAGAAACUGGAGCAACAUGAGAUGAUGCUGCUCACACACUUCCCUGUUUACAGGCUGGAGCUACACAGCCCAAGUGACAAGAGUCAAACUCUCCUCUUCUGCUCUUUGUAUGAACUUGAAGAAUGGAGGGAAGCCAUCUACAAACUCACCACAGACAAUAUAGAAACUAUCCCUCCAGACCUGCUCACCCUCACCAGCGCAUGUGUGAAGCUGAGAAUGACCCAACAGCCGCCGCUACACACCACCAUCACUGGAGAGGACAAGGAGUCGUUGUGUGGGACUCUGAGUGUGGCGAUCCACUCUGCCUGUGGCCUGCAGCAACCAGCUUGUGUGUAUGUGUGUGUGGAAGUAGACGGCUACGAGUUUUACGAUAAACAGGCGAAGACACACUCCUCAAUCCACAGCCUCAACCCACACUGGGACCAGGAGCUGUCUCUCCAGGUGGACGAGGCACAGAACCUGAGGUUGCUCUGUGUGAGUCAGUCUGACGGAGGGGACGAUGCUGUCCUAGGAAAAACUUCUGUAAAGUUGGAAUCUAAAACCCUGAAUAAGCGAUGGAGAAGACAGACUCUACACCUGGGCCAGGUGGAGGUGACCCUCUCCCUGAAGUACUCGCACCACCAGCUUGACCCGCCCAGCUCCGCGGCUCAGCAGCAGCCCGUCUUCGGCGUCCCGAUUGAAACUGUGGCUCAACUGGAAGGAGUGCUGGUCCCCCAUGUGGUGCGAUGCUGCGUGGAGGAGGUGGAGAGGAGAGGCCUGGGUGAGGUGGGCAUCUACAGGGUUUCAGGGACCGCCAGUGACAUCAACACACUCAAGGCAGCCUUCAACGGCAAUCUGCGUGAGGCGGUAACCAGGCUGAGAAGAGCAGAAGUGAACGUCGUCUCCGGUGUCCUCAAACUUUACUUCAGAGAGCUGCCUGAGCCUCUCAUCCCCGCUGAGCUGUUUCAGAGUCUGGCCAGGACGCUGGAGAUCCAGGACUUGAACUCGCGGCUGGUCUCCAUGCUGUCCCUGCUGCAGUCCUGUCCCGACGCCAACCGCCACACCUUCGUCUACCUGCUGCACCACCUCCAACGAAUCUCUGAGAGGCAUGACAUAAACAAGAUGACUCUGCUGAACCUGGCUACAGUGUUUGGUCCGAGCCUUGUGCGCCCCCCUGUGGUUGGACUGGGGCACGACGGCCCCAUUAUGGAUAUCCCCCAGGAGGUGGUGAUACAGGUCCAAGUGGUUUUCUGCUACCUGCAGUGCAACAACCUCCCUGAAGCCCAGAUCUCUCUGCCACAUGACACAGACGCUGAAGAUGAGACCACCCACAUGUGAGACCACCAUCUGUGUCCUGAUGUGUGUGUGUGUAUGUGUACAAAAUUUGAAUAAAGACUGUAGGACAAUAAAUUUAUUUAUUGAUAAAAUAUGGACAGACACUGUUCUUUUCUUUUAACUUCUUUAGCAACUUUUAGUAGAAUUUUGUGCCUUUUAAUGAGUCUGGUUCAGCAGGUGAUCGCAUGUGAAGAUAUUUAAAAAGACUUAAACUCAUUCCAGACUUCCUCCAUAUGGGAUAUCAAUACUCUAAGACAGAACUAUUUGUAUUUAACUAUUUUACAUUCUAAUGUCUCUGUAUCUUGAACAUAUGUGUGAACAAUUCAAUUUAAAUCUGUUAAACUCAACAGUACACUAACGUUUCUGUCUAUAAUUUGAGUUUCAAAGUGGAAAAAUGUUUCAUCUUUUUUUAAUAAAACUGGUCAGAAAGUGAAAA